CGCGCUCUCGUCACUGCUGAGCCGACCCAUCGCCGUCCCUCGUCCAACGAUCGAACAUGAUUCAUCUCCCAGCGAACGCAGCCUUGUCCCGUGCCCGCAUUCCCCCGCUUUGUACGUGAGCCACCGGCAUGCCAGCGCCCCGGCCGCCCUCUUCCAGGCCAAUACAGACCCCCGGCUCAAGAUCAGGAUGUACUUCAACCGGCGAUCGAAGAAGAUCCACAGCGAGGGAGAGCAGUUAGUGUUGACUCUCAUUAGGCAGGAGAAGUCUCCUGACCACCUGGACCCAGAGCUGGGCGUCGGCGUGGCCGCCAUGCGCUCCCGACUCGCUAACAGGUUUGAAAAAACCUCGCCUCUCUCCCAUCAAUCGAACGGUGCAGGAACCUCUUGUUCAUCCGCCGGCUACCGCAAGGCAGAUGAUGAGAUGUCCGGGACUACUUCGCAAGCAGAUCCCAUAGAUGCUACGGCACGGACGAUUCUGCUAAACCAACCUCAGAACACCAAGUUCUGUGACAACCAUGUCAGUACCACUAAGUACGGGGUGUUUACCUUCCUGCCUCGUUUCCUGUACGAGCAGAUCCGCCGCGCUGCCAACGCCUUCUUCCUCUUCAUCGCCCUAAUGCAGCAAAUCCCUGAUGUGUCUCCUACGGGUCGUUACACCACCCUGGUACCACUCAUCUUCAUCCUCACUGUGGCCGGGAUCAAAGAGAUCAUAGAGGACUAUCAAAGACACAAGGCAGACAACACAGUCAACAAUAAAAAGACCACAGUUCUGAGGAAUGGAGCCUGGCAGACCGUCAUAUGGAAACAGGUGGCAGUAGGAGACAUAGUGAAGGUGACCAAUGGGCAGCAUCUUCCAGCUGACAUGGUCAUAGUGUCCUCCAGUGAGCCUCAGGCCAUGUGUUACACUGAGACCUCCAACCUGGACGGAGAAACCAACCUGAAGAUCAGACAGGGUCUCACUCACACAGCUGGUCUCCAGUCUCUGGAGGAGCUGAUGGGUCUCUCUGGCCGUCUGGAGUGUGAAGAGCCCAACAGACACCUGUACGACUUCACUGGGACCCUACGGCUGGACAACCAAAAUGCGGUUCCUCUUGGUCCUGACCAGGUGCUACUGAGAGGUGCCCAGCUCAGAAACACACAAUGGGUUGUAGGAAUUAUAGUCUACACUGGACAUGACUCCAAACUGAUGCAGAACUCGACCAAGGCCCCCCUGAAGCGUUCUAACGUGGAGCGGGUGACAAACGUCCAGAUCCUGGUGCUGUUCUGCAUCCUCCUGGUGAUGGCGCUAGUGAGCUCUAUAGGAGCCUCCAUCUGGAACAAACAACACACUGAGGAGGCCUGCUGGUACCUGUCACGCGCCGGGGAUAUCUCCACUAACUUUUGGUAUAACCUGCUGACCUUCAUCAUCCUCUACAACAACCUCAUCCCCAUCAGCCUGCUGGUCACUCUGGAGGUGGUCAAGUUCACACAGGCCCUCUUCAUCAACUGGGAUGAGGAGAUGUACUACUCUGAGACAGACACACCCGCCAUGGCUCGAACGUCCAAUCUCAACGAAGAACUGGGCCAGGUGAAGUAUCUGUUUUCUGAUAAGACAGGAACUCUCACCUGUAACGUCAUGCACUUCAAGAAGUGUACCAUCGCUGGGAUCACAUACGGCCACUUCCCUGACCUGGAUGUUGAUCGUUCCAUGGAGGACUUCAGUCCCCUGCCGUCCAGCAGUCUUAACUCCACAGAGUUUGAUGACCCCGCUCUCAUCCAGAACAUUGAGAAGAACCAUCCAACCUCUGCCCAAAUCUGUGAGUUUCUGACGAUGAUGGCGGUGUGUCACACAGUGGUCCCAGAGAGAGAGGGGGACCAGCUUAUCUACCAGGCCUCCUCGCCAGAUGAAGGAGCUCUGGUAAAAGGAGCCAAAGGUCUGGGCUUCGUUUUCACAGCAAGGACUCCUGGCUCCGUUAUCAUGGAAGCUAGGGGGAAGGAGAAGAGCUUUGAGUUGCUGAAUGUGCUGGAGUUUUCAAGUAACCGUAAGCGCAUGUCUGUAGUGGUCCGAACCCCCGAUGGGAAACUGCGUCUGUACUGCAAGGGAGCAGAUAAUGUGAUCUUUGAGCGUCUCACUGAUGCGUCUCAGUACAAAGAGCUGACCAUCGCACACCUGGAACAGUUCGCCACCGAGGGUCUGCGGACUCUGUGUUUUGCCUAUGUUGAUCUGGAGGAGGGGGUAUACCAGGAGUGGCUGAAGGAGUACACCCGUAUAAGCACUAUCAUUAAAGACCGGGCCCAGAAACUAGAGGACUGCUACGAACUACUGGAGAAGGACCUGUUGUUGUUGGGGGCCACAGCUAUAGAGGACCGUCUCCAGGCAGGGGUCCCUGAGACCAUCGCUACUCUGAUGAAGGCCGACAUCAAGAUCUGGGUCCUCACUGGAGACAAACAGGAGACCGCCAUCAACAUAGGUUACUCCUGUCGUCUAGUUUCCCAUGGCAUGUCCCUCAUCAUCGUCAACGAGGAUUCACUGGAUGGUGGGUUCUAUAGUGUUACCGUGGGAACUAGGGUGUGGCUGAGCAAAGAUUGGAGGGUGUGUUUCUUUGUCUGCUCACAGGUGGAGGCUACACGUGCCACCCUGACAGCCCACUGUACAUCUCUGGGUGACUCUCUGGGGAAGGAGAAUGAGUUGGCUCUGAUCAUUGAUGGACAGACCCUAAAAUACGCCCUGUCCUUCGAGCUCCGCCAAGCCUUCCUAGACCUCGCCCUGUCCUGCAAGGCCGUCAUCUGCUGCCGGGUGUCUCCCCUCCAGAAGUCGGAGAUCGUGGACAUGGUGAAGAAGCAUGUAAAGGCCAUCACUCUGGCCAUAGGAGACGGGGCCAACGACGUGGGCAUGAUCCAGACUGCCCAUGUGGGGGUUGGCAUCAGUGGCAACGAGGGCAUGCAGGCCACCAACUCCUCUGACUACUCCAUAGCACAGUUUUCCUACCUAGAGAAGCUGUUGCUGGUCCAUGGGGCGUGGAGUUAUAACCGUGUCACUAAGUGUAUCCUCUACUGUUUCUAUAAGAAUGUGGUGCUCUACAUUAUAGAGCUGUGGUUUGCCUUUGUGAACGGCUUCUCUGGACAGAUCCUGUUUGAACGCUGGUGUAUCGGCCUCUACAACGUGAUCUUCACAGCGCUGCCUCCCUUCACUCUGGGGAUCUUUGACCGGCCAUGCAGUCAGCAGAACAUGCUACGCUUCCCCCAGCUAUACAGGAUCACCCAGAACGCUGAGGGCUUCAACACCAAGGUGUUUUGGGGUCACUGUAUAAAUGCUCUGAUCCAUUCCAUUAUUCUCUUCUGGUUUCCACUCAAAGUACUAGAACAUGACAGUCCUUUCAACAACGGUCAUGGUACUGACUACCUGUUUGUGGGGAACAUGGUUUACACGUAUGUGGUAGUAACAGUGUGUUUAAAAGCUGGUAUGGAAACCACUGCAUGGACCAGGUUCUCCCACUUGGCAGUGUGGGGCAGUAUGAUUCUCUGGAUGCUGUUCUUCACUGUCUACUCAGCUUUCUGGCCGUCCAUCCCCAUCGCUCCUGACAUGCAGGGCCAGGCUAGCAGAGUGAUGCAGUGCUGGCACUUCUGGCUGGGGCUGGUCCUGGUGCCAGCAGCCUGUCUACUCAAAGACUUUGCCUGGAACGCGGGUCGUCGCACUGUGAAGAAGUCUCUUCUGGAAGAGGUUCAGGAGCUGGAGGCCAGGGCUGUAGACCCGGGGGCUGCCGUGCUCCGAGACGCCAGCGGGCGCAGGGCCAAAGCCAACCCUGAGGUCCCCUAGCCCCAGAGCUCAGGGCACAGACAGACACAGGUAGCACCUUGGCUUGGUUUGACCUGGCUCACUGUGUGAACUCUGACCGGUGUGUCUGCUCCUGCUCCGCUCUGCAAGACUCCUCCCCCGUCUCUCUCACUGCAUCCUACUCUCACUCACUCACCCACCUCAGCACUCAUGUUUCAUACUGUCUCUUUCUUUUCCUUCCCCAUCUUCUUUUUCCUAUCUCUCCAUCUGAUUGUGUCGAGUCAGGAAGUGGACAGGUUUGCGCUGCUGUAAGGACUGAGUGUGCUGUAGCCUCUGAGGUUGUGUGUUAGAGUUAGCCGUUUGUGUGUGUGUGUUUGUUUUGUAUCGUGGGUUGUAGUCAGUGUAUCUAUCAUAAGAUAAGGAGUAGAACCAUUCAGGGUUGAUCAUGUUAGAAGGGGCUUUAAAACAUCGGAGGUAUUUGGCCAUAUUAGGUUGAGGAAUGGAGUGGGAGAUGGAAGACUGAGGUUUGGCCAUUUGAGGGGCGGUUGUGUGGGAUAUUGGCUGUGGAUGGGGCUCUUUGGUGGGCUUUGGGCAGGAACAAUAGUCCUCAAUCAUCCAGUGAGACAGCUAGGCCAACAGUCCAGAACAGAGAACUGUCUCGGACAGAGGUGCUUGGGGACAGGGAGGGGAGGCAGGGUGUUGUUUUUGGAUGGAUGGGUGCACACAGCCUUCCCUAGCCUGGAGGUGAGGCCCUUGGCCUGGGCUGAACCUUCUCCCAGACAUGGGUAGGAACCCCCAGCGACGACCAUGGAAAGCAUUGAGGAGUGUGAGAGGCACUGAGGAGAAACGCACACAUCUGUAUUUGUAUUUCAUAACAGGAGAGGAUUGGGAUGAGGAUGGGAAAGGUAGAGGACCAAAGUUUCUCUGGGGAAGUAAUUAGAUGUGGAGCGUUCUUGGACUGUUUGGAGUCUCACUCCCCUUUCAGACAGCGACACUACAGGGGUGACGUGCGACGGAUUCAGGCAUGACUUUACAGAUGUCCUAUUUAUAUAUUUAUUUUUUAGUCUAUCAAUUCAUUCACCUUGUCAUCCAUUUAGCAGACCUAAUUUUCUUUGGCGAAUGAUACGGUUGCAAAACUUCAGAACGUUUUUUCAGGCUUUGCCAAACACACCAGGUCUAAGUUCCCUGUGGUACCAUAAAGAAUAGGUCCCUGCUGCUUGCUCAGAAGUGUAACCUUGGGGAGGCUGGCCCGGGUCCACACACUCUGUGGAUCGGAUCAGGGCCCCUGCCCCAGUGCCAGGGAAACCCCUCAUGUGAUUUAAUGCCUCAUUGGCUGCCUGAUCUAGAGAAGUAACCUACCGUGUUCCACAGCGGAAUCAGACAAUCUGGGAAACAUUCUGUUCUGUUUGGAUACUGUUAACAGAAUGUUUAGCGUUGCCAUUAGUGAGGAGGAGGAUUGAGAGAGAGGAAGGCUGGGGGAUGUAUGCGUGUCUGUCUGUGUGAAUUUGUACGUGUUUGCAUGUGAGCGUGAAUGUUUAGAGGAGGGAUGAUGGUGUUUGUCCUGGAAAACAGAGGGUGUAGUCUUCCUCUGGAGAGAGAGCAGGAGGAAUGGGGGCGGGGGGCUUAACAUGGCUGUCUGUUUGCCCUGCAGUCAUAUAAUGAGAUGGGAUUGGAUUAACUGAAUGUCAAUCUGCUCUUCAGUACCAGCCAAGACAUAUGCCCAGCCCCCUAGCCCCUACCCUACCAGGUCUGGCUCUGGUAGUCACAUCAAGAAGUUGUCUUGUCUUGGGGUAAGGUCUAGGCAGUGCUUGACUUCUAUAAUGCUAAAAGGACUCGGCUAUUUACAUGGACAUUUUAGUCAUUUAGCAGACACUCUUAUCCAGAGAGACUUACAACUAGUGCAAUAUAUCUGUAGACAACAAACACAUCACAGUUGUACAUUUUCCCUCCUUUCCUUUAUCAGCAAAGUCCAUGUUAGUGGGAAAGACAGGUGCCUAUGCCAUGUCCUAAUAGUACAAAAUGAUAUCUUCUCACUUCCUUGUUCCUUUCCUUCAAGACCGCAGAUCUGCAGGUCUUCAAGGUGUAAGCAAUAGGGUGGACUAUCCAUUGACCUCAGAUCUGCAGGUCUUCAAGGUGUAAGCAAUAGGGUGGACUAUCCAUUGACCUCAGAUCUGCAGGUCUUCAAGGUGUAAGCAAUAGGGUGGACUAUCCAUUGACCUCAGAUCUGCAGGUCUUCAAGGUGUAAGCAAUAGGGUGGACUAUCCAUUGUUUUCACCUAUAUGUGUUCAUAAAGGGAAGGAAAUCAUAGCCUGGUCCCAGAUCUGUUUGUGCUCUUGCCAAUGCAAAAGGUUGUUAUUGUCAAGUCAUUGGCCUGAGAAUGAGUGACAAGGAGUUGGCAUGAUAGCACAGACAUGAUGAUAUGGGCGUUGUAACUUCUGGACUGCAUGAGCAGAGCGCGAGUCACUUUAUCAAGUGUUCUCGGGGGUUGAGCUGUUGAGCUGUGUGUCGUAAUUUGACCAGAACCUAGAGUGUAAUUUUACUCUGAGCGACGCGAGCCUCUAACCCAGCGGCGCUGCUUCCUCCCAGGAUCAAUUUCAAAUGAAUCGUCUCACGCUCUGAAAACGUUUCAUCUGUAGUAUAGCAGGCCAGUGACACUCAAGCUAAGCUUCAGUGUUCGGUCACAAUCAAAGACUAUACUACGAAGCAAGCUAGAUCUACUCAGGAUUUUCUAAAGCCAGCCAGCUUCAGUUAGCUUCACAUACCAGCUCAGGCUUCAACCAUACUAUGACGGUGGAUAUUGAUCGACCGCCUGCCGCUAACUCUAGUGCUUCAAACACACCGACAACGUCCUUGCGCAAAAUAGUUUGCAGUAUCAUCUGGAUAUGUAUGCAACAAAAGUUCAACAUUCACCUUCUGCUACCAUUUCUGUCAAGCCUUUAACGCAUACAGUUUGACACGUAUGUUCCAUAAAUCCAAUGUAUGCUAUGCACCACACCGAACGCACUGCAACUGCAAGGCAAACGCAGCAUUUUCAUUGGAAAUGAAUGUAAUUCUGGAGUACCAAAAUGCAAUGAUGCUGUCAGUGUAAUCAAAGCGUACGCGCAGUUGCAAGCCUGCUACAUGUCGCACAUGGCUAGUCAAACGCCAAACUCUUCAUUGAGACAGUACUGAAACAUCAAUCCAUGGGCGAGUCGGUGCCACAUGUUCAUUUGUGCUGAAAAGUUAUCUUUCAAACUCUGCAGGCUAUGGUGUGAAAUAGGCUUUAUUUUAUUACUUUGGUAAUAAAAAUAUUAAAAUAUAAAAAAUUUAAAAAUUAAACACAACAAUACCUUUUUUGAUUAAUAAAAUAUUGAAUCAGUCUUCUUCCUGAAAUGAUGGGGAUAAUGUUGCAAUCUUUGUAAGAGGGAGGGAAUCUGAUUUACUUUGGUCCUCAACUCAAGGCUCAGACACUUCAUUCAGGAUAAAUGGAGUUAGCCCCGAGUUAGCCUGCUACAGAGCAGGUUAGUUCUGAAGGAUUCAUUGCCAUAGAAAUUGCCCUGACUAAAAGGUGAUCCACAGUUGUACGACUGGUUAUCCCUCGGAGUAGUACUUCCACCUGUUGUGUUAACCUGUCAUAGAGAUAUAGAGAUUUUCCCUGUAACCUGUCAAUCGGUGGCUGUGAUUGGUUGACUUACCUGUCCGUCUCUUCUC